AUGUAUCAUCACAGCCUUCGUCAAGAUGUCUUUAUAAAGGAAGAGUACCAUUAUUUAAACGUUCCUCAAGUUGGAACAUUCACAGUGUAUGACAGCCUUGACUGCACCUUUGAAUGCCUCGGCAAUCCUUCCUGUUUGUCCUUCAACCUGGCAGCUUACAAAGGAGCAGAUGGAAAGUUGCGGUGUGAGUUGUUAUCCUCAGAAAAGUACAGCAAUCCUGAGGAAUAUAAAAGGAACGAGAGUUUUCAUCACUUUUCCAUCAAGGUGGGGUAAAAUCUUUGCAUAGAGUUUAUUUUAAUAUCUUACUUUAAAAAGUAAGAUAUUUUUUGUUAUCCCAGUCUAUGCGAUUUUUGAUAACCUGAGAACACGAAUCGACGUAAAAGUGACUACCGCACGAUAACAAGUCGGGGUUAUUCAGUCGAAUGUCAUUUCUCCUUUUUUUAUACUUCUAGAUCUGCAAUCAACACUUUUACGCAAAACAAAAUUAACUGUAAUUAAUUAUAUAGCAUUUGACAUCAACCUUUUUAAAAACUAUUUCAGACUCCAUGUAUGUCAUCACCUUGCCAGAACGGAGGCACCUGUGUAGCGAACUACAAGUAUCACUCGUUUGACUGCCGUUGCAAAGAUGGGUUUUAUGGAGAAUUUUGUGAAGAAGGUAAUUCAGACCGGGGCCCCCGUUCAAGUUAGGACAACCAAACUUAGCGGUUUUUAAUACCUAAAAUUUAUCUGGGAACAUUUUAAAGGCGUAGUGACGUGUACGUCAACAUUGAUGUUACCCUGGCAACCGAGUUUUGGCAGCCAUGUUUUUCAAAAUUUGCAUUUUCUCUAAAAAAUAGGUUUAUUUGUUUCUUUUUAUUACUGAUUGAAUUAUUACGUUAUCUACUUCUUUUUUUCAGUUGCCAAGUCCUCAUGCCAAGACGAUUAUAAUCAGCUCACAGAAAAGUGAGUAAAUCUAUGCAUAGUAAUUUAAUUGAUGAGGAUAGAUCAGUUAAAGUCCGGGAGAUCAUUCGGAGUGCAUCAGUACUGUGUUUAUGAGCCACAAAAACAUCCAAAAAAUCACUCAAGCCUCAAAAACGAAUACAUUUUGUGUUGCAGAGAAUGUCGAUAUCGCUUAAUUGUUGGAAUUUGUAUCGUGGCUGAUGGACUCUAUUACAGCCUUUGUUCUUCACCAGGAAACUUAAGGUUAUUAGAGACCUUAAUCGUAAAAACUGUUGAAUUUUUGAAACAAAUGAUUGGUACUGUUAAGAUAAUAAAAACCAUAAUCUGUGAACACCACCAUCCUGCACUGAAGGCCCUCCAGCAAAAAAAGUUGUCGAUGAAAUGCAGUGGAACCCCUCCCUUUCGCUUAAUGCGAACAUCCCUAUAAAACGAAUGGUUCGUUUGUAGCUACCAAAAGUUCAGAUAUUUCACUGCUCAUAUGUAAACCUGGUUAAUAUGGAAAACGAACACUUUUCUGUGUCCCAAAUCACAAACUGUCAUAUAAUAAUUAUCCGUAACUUUCCCGGGAGGUCCUCAAUAAAGUUUUAUACAGGGAAGCUCAGCUAACUAUUUGCAGAAAAGGUACUCCUUUCGUAUACCAUUCCAUUCAUCUCUAAUGGUUGAGGGUUCGAGCGGCUUGUUGCAGGCAUUUUAUCCCUGGGUGGUACUCAACAAAUUUUUACGGGGAAGCCCUGCCCCGAGGUCCAUGUCCUUACAUUUCCACAUUCCAUUUUUGACAGAAAAGGUUCUCCUUUCGUAUACCAUUCCAUCCCUUUUGGCGCUCGAGGGGUGGAGUGGCUUGUUACAGGCAUUUUAAAAUGAUCUCAGACCAUACAACGGUCAAUUGGAAGAAAGACUGCCUUAUCAAAAUCAAACUUACGCGCUAUUUUGCAGUUUCUAUUUUUUAGUAACAAAAUCCUAUUAACCUACAGUGAUCUAGAAUUAUUUGAACAGGGUUCAUUGUAUGCAGUUAGUACGUGAUCGUGACAACGAAAUAGACAGUGUGAAGCGAGGAGGCCAGUGGUCACCAGUGUCCAUAAAGCGGGGCUGACGAUAUAUGAGAUUUUCUGACUUGGGAACACAGAAAAGUGUCCGUUUUCCGUAUUCACCGUUGUCCGUAUUAAACGGGUUGGAGAAACUACGUGAGCAUCAAUAAACAUGAAAGACUACUGAAUAUCUGUGUAACAUGUUCUGAGUGCUUGUCAAAAACAACCAAUCCAAGUCUUAGGUAGCUCACGGGUAAAAUAGAGGUCCUUUGACGUCAGAUGAGAAAAACAUCAUGCGCACUAUUUUCGUGGUUCUUCGGUCGCCCCUUUCUUCUUCCUUCUGAACAUCUGCUACGCUGUUUAGCCAUCUUCGAUGUCCAAAUUUACUUCCUACAGAACACUUUAUUCAAAUAAACUUUAUUAAAGUUAGGGGAAGAGCAGCACAGCUUGCGGGUAAGAUAAAGCAAAAAUAUAUAAUUAUCAACCUGUGCUGGAGGUGAAAUUAUAUCGGUCCAAAGUACAUUAAUCGUAUAGUGACUCCCAGUAACAUAAUGGGGAACCUGAGAAAUUUAGAUUUGACUGAGACUGUACUGAAUUACAUUUAAUGAGAUCUCAUUUUGUACAGGUUGAACGUGAGUCAGUUGGUCACUCUCCUCCUUGACUCCAAACUAGUUUCAGUUCUCUGUCACUUUGGAAAUUUUGGAUGCGGAGAUGGAGGAUGGACACCGGUCAUGAAAAUGGACGGCAACAAGCUAGGACAUUUGUGUACGUUUUCC